ACAGUGUGAAAUAGUCGGUGAACCGUGUACCAAGACCGGAGACGCCAGUUUCCUCUGUAAGGUGAAAUUCUACAGACCAUGCUGUGAUAUCUCCAAGGUGUGCACCUGCUGUUGGGAAUGCAGCCCUCGUGACGUUGGCGGUGUAGUGACAAACCUGCACCCCAAACAUGAAAAGCGUCCCUGUGCCAGCCGUGGUAACACGCUCUGCUGCUCAGACAGCCACAGCGCCUGCGAGCGCAAUGCUUGGAAAUGGCCACUUAACAUUGUCACGGUGAAAAGAACUAUCAAACUCCGAGACAGCUCGAGAAUCCCUGCAUCCGUGUCAAGCACAGCAUUGAAACUGAGUGAAAUAGUUAUCAGGCGUGUUCCCAGGCAGAUAUGUACGUUUUGGUGUUUGCUUAAUAUCAUCGUCUAUUCAAAAUUUAAAAAAAAAAAACCCCAAAAAAAGAUCUUACAUUAAAUGACCAUUGAUGUGUCAUGUGUCAGCCGGUGGGGCUCCGUAAGAGAUAAAGUUAUCAAAAUUUCUAAGAAACAUCUCUUACUGAGAAAAAUACCUGAGAAGUAGGUCAGGGUUGUGUGUGUGUUUUAAGGAGGGGUUUUCGUUUGAGAAGGAGCGACGGCCCAGGGGGGGGGGUGUGGGACUUUUCAGCUUUAUAAAUAAUUGUAUAUAAUUAUGUGAGUUUUUAUUUGUUAGUGGCGUACUCCCAAAAUUUCAGGCGACAUUUAUUCAAGGUUUGCCACUGAGUUUUUGGGGGGGGGGGGGGGGGGGGGGGUUGAGUUAAGUCUGUGAAAAUUUCGCACAAGCCAAAACCCAAGCCCAGUGGUUCUCAAAUAGUUUUAGUAUGAUAGAAUAUAAUAAAUUUUAGCCUUUGAAACAUGGGACGUUAACAAUUUACUGAUAGUUGUUGUUAGCCAAUCUUUUCAAAAAAGAUGUAAUGCUUCUCCUUUUGCGCACUAGUUUUGAGGGGUAGUGUAAAGGGGUAGUGUAAAGGGGUAGUGCAAAGUGUAAUUCAAAAGUGGCAGAGUAAAAGAGUAAUGAAAAAGGGUAGCGUAAAGGGGUAGCCUAAAGGGGUAGUGUACUGGUCCAUAAGAAGUUUAAUUUUUUUUUAAAAAAUGUUCCAGUAAAAGAGUCUGGUUUUUAAAUUGGCUGCAUCCAGAAACCUCAUCUUAUUUUUAGUUUGAAUCAAGUCUCCAAUGAGCCAACGCGGCUCUUUGUGUUAAAGUAAAAGCCAUGAGAUCCAAACCCAGGACAGUAGCGGCACUAGACUACCGGGUGGGCUCCGCAAGUAUAACAUACCACGGCGCAAAAAAAAAAAAAAAAAAAAAAAAAAAAAAAAGAGAAAAAUCAUUGCAUCUGUUCUACCGAUACCUUUUACAAUCUAAAAAAAAAAUUAAAUUUGGAACUCUUUCAAACCCGCAUCCAGAUCACAUGUGGCUUUAAAAAGUAUACUGUCUAUGGACGCUAUGGACGCUAUGGACGCUAAACUAUUAGACAUAGCACUAUCGUUUGAUGGCUUCAGAAAUUUCGUGCAGUUAUUAACACAUGAAAUUUGAUUUUUAGUAGAGCAGGAUUAAAAAUCCUCGGAACAUUUUUAAACUUCAACGACACGUACGUAAUUUAAAAUAAAUUUCAAUACUACCUGCUGGUGUGUGAGUUCAUCGUCUGACAUCAAAUAGACUGAUCAAAUAGACUGAUCAAAUAGACUGAUCGAAUAGACUGAUCAAAUAGACUGAUCAAAUAGACUGAUCAAAUAGACUGAUCAAAUAGACUGAUCAAAUAGACUGAUCAAAUAGACUGAUCAAAUAGACUGAUCAAAUAGACUGAUCAAAUAGACUGAUCAAAUAGACUGAUCAAAUAGACUGAUCAAAUAGACUGAUCAAAUAGACUGAUCAAAUAGACUGAUCAAAUAGACUGAUCAAAUAGACUGAUCAAAUAGACUGAUCAAAUAGACUCAUCAAGAAAGCUAGAAAUAUCACAUAAACUUCUCAUCCUUCCCCUGAAGACUUAACCGAAGAAAAUAGCUGCUGUACAACUAAAAAAAAUAUUCUGAUACAUUCCACAUUCUUCUUCAUAGAUACUGAUCAGCUCGAUAAGAGAUCAUUCUUUCCCUUAAAGUCAGGACCGAAAGAUGUAAAAAGAAAAUAUUUUGUUCCCCAUUCUGUACGGAUUUACCAGCGUGACCCAGACGCCAAUCAGCGGCUACUAAAUCUAAAGGAUCACUAAUUAAGUCAUUAUUGUCCCCAAGGGAGUUCAUUAAUGGCAGAUUUUUUUCGCCAGAGAAUACUUGAUGUCUUGUGUUUCAAUGGUUUUAAUUGUGAAGUGUUGUCUUGGUUAAAAUUUGAAUUUAUUUAUGUGCAGAAAAUGAAUAUGUCCGACGUAAUCAAAGUGCAUUUCCACCUACUUGUAUCAUUAAAGAAUUAUAUCUUAUCUUAUCUUUACAGUAAUGCCAGCACCAACUUUAAAACCCGUAUGUGACCCAAACAUACCCUCCAGGUCGAUGCCCAUGCCUUCAAGCCUGGGGAGAGUCAGGUCAAGCUCAGAUAUCCAGCCAAAUGUCUGUGGAGAAGGAGAGUAUCUGGACUGGUUCGAAUGUAGACCUUGUAGUGAAGGCACCUUUAUGACAGCGAAGAUGGCGCAAGAUAGAGAUUACUUGACUUGCGAAACUUGCUAUGAACCACAGAUGGUAUGCUCUACAUUUCAAUAAAAUAUCGUUUCUACUAUCAGCAAUACGAUUAUUGCUAUCCAGAUUUUUUUCAAAAGUAAUAUUAGUCAGACAAAAAAAUGAAAAAAAAAAGCUUGAAUUCUAGAUGCCACUUUCGUUUGCAGAUAAUUUAUUUAAUACAUAUUGUAAUAAAAUACUUUUUUGUUUUUAAAUGUUUAUACACAAUUUUUAAAUUGAUAUUCGUGGGCGUUCCAAAAACAUGUAUUUUUUAGAAAUGUUGACAAAAAAUGGGACAAUAUUUUAUGUUAACAAAAUGUGAUAGCAAGGGUUUAAAAAAAAAUUCGGCGGUGUGAUUGAGUUGAAUGUGUAAAGAACAUUUAUGGUCCUUGAAUUGGAAUCGGGAGUAAAAUUGCAGCUUUACACGUUGAAGAUCAAUGACAUGUAAGUUACUGGCGAAUGUAGAAUUAGAUUUUUAAAAUAUAAUCCAUGUCACAACUGAACUAUAAUCAACGUAAUUAUUUGUAGAAUGCUCUUAAAUUUAAUUAUACACUAAUACAUAGUUAUUACAUUCUUAUCCAAAAUUUUAGUACGAGAUUAUUGUAGAGUCGUGCACCAAGACAAGAGACGCAAAGAUCAAGUGUGAAGACGGAUAUUAUAGAAGAAACGUACCAGGAAAACCCUGCCAGUCUGAGUGCAGACGGUGCGAUGUGUGCGGUCUGGGGAUCAACAUGUUUAAGAACUACGAAGCACGAGCAUGUAACGGCGAUCAAAACACCCUCUGUUGCCAUGGUCACGACAUGAUCGCUGUGAAAGACGAAUGCGUUCUUAAAAAAGCUACUUCAUCACCGUCAUCAACUGCACCAGCCGUCACAUCCGAAUCAAAGAAUGAAUUAGGGACAGUGCCCUAUAAAACAUAUUCUGCCACGCAUCAAGGGAAAGGAGCCGUUAAUGAUGCGUCAACAUUGUAUUUGCGAAGUAAACAACAAC